CCUAAAAUCUCCCAAAAAGCGGAAGCAAAAACUUGAUCAAAAGUUAAAAAUUAAACAAAUUCCAACAAAAAAAAAACAAUACUAAUUAAACAAAAAUAAAUAUCUAAAAUAAAUAAAAUUAACAUUUUGAAAUAAAAUCUUGUGCACAUUCAAGUGAAAUUUUGCAUUCAAGUGAAGGACGUUUCAUUUUUUUUUUGUAUUCAAAUCACUCUUGUAACAUUUGAAGCUUCUUUCUCCCCAAGGAGGAGACAUACAAAAUUAUUAUAAUUUUUCAAGGUUGCACAAAAAUAAAAGGCAGCCACUUGCACUUUUUUAACCCUUACCUUUUUCCAACCCAAUCUUUUUGUAAUAAUAAAAAAAAAAAAGAAGAGAAAUUAGAAAUGGAACCGCCAAGCACAUUCCAUCCAUGCGACGAAGCGGUUAUUGCAACAAAUGACGAUGCCAGUGAUUGCAAGAGAAGCGCCGUCCGACUGGGCUACUGGAAGGAUGAUUACAUUGGUUUUUUCGUUCGCAAUCAGGAGCGCAAAGCCCCGGAAAUCAAUCGGGGCUAUUUUGCACGGGUCAAGGGCGUCGAAAUGUGUGUAGAGAAGUUCCUCAAGAAAACAAAUGGUAAUUGCCAAAUAAUCAAUCUUGGUUGUGGCUUCGACACAAUGUACUGGCGUCUGCGGGACACAGCGCAUCAGGUGAAGAAUUUCAUUGAACUGGAUUUCCCAACUGUCACUGCCAGGAAAUGCUACACUAUUAAGCGGAAUAAAGUUCUUCUGUCGAAGAUACACGACGAAGAUGGCGAAGUUAAAUUGAGUCCGACAGAUUUGCAUGGACCGAGUUAUCAUUUGAUGGGAGUGGAUUUGAGGAAUAUCGAUGAGGUUGAUCAUAAAUUGCAACAAGCCGAAAUCGAUUAUACGCUGCCAACGAUUUUUUUGGCUGAAUGUGUUUUGGUUUAUAUUGAGGCACAGAAUUGUAGGAAUUUAUUGAAGUGGAUUGCUAGUAAAUUUCAAACUGCCGUUUUGGUCAAUUAUGAACAGGUCAACAUGAACGACAGAUUCAGUGAUGUAAUGGUUAGCAAUUUACGCGCUCGCGGCUGUAGUCUUGCUGGUGUUGAAUCAUGUAUUUCACUAGAAACACAAACUUCACGUUUCAUAGACUGUGGCUGGACUGGCAGCCGUGCUUGGGAUAUGGUUCAAGUCUAUCAGAGCAUUACUCCUAGUGAACGACAUCGAAUCGAAAGACUCGAAAUGUUAGACGAAGGCGAACUGCUAUUGCAACUAUUUCAGCAUUACUGCCUUGUGGUAGCAUGGAUUGGUGAACUCUUCCAGGACAUCGAAAUAACAGUUGAAAAACAAAUGUCCACCUUAAACAUCGAUUAAAGCGGGCCGAUGGGAGCUUGUACUUUCGUCAUCGUCAGCUAGAAGGACUUAAUUUUAUUUUUGCAGAAACUUCCAAAUAAUUUAAAAAAAAACACAAGCAUGUAUGUCUAAAGUGAAUUUAAUAUUCAAGAUUAAAAAAAAAUCCCUUAAGAGAAAGAGAGAGUGAAAGAAAGCUGUUGAGCAGCUUUGAAGAUUUAAUUUUUUUGUUCUCAAAAUUUUUUAUUUUACUUAAUUUAUGCACAAUUCUAAUUAAUUAUAAAAAUACUUUAUAUUUUUGUGUUUGUUUCUUUGAAAGAAAUAUCGUAGUUUGUAUAGAAAUUGAAAUACAAAAAAUUAUUUUAUUUCAUUUUCCCUCCUUUUAAAAGUGAUUUGUGAAAAAAAUGUGUUAAUUUUUUUAUUUUUGCAAAAGAAUCAUAAAAGUAUUUAAUAUCGAUUAUAUUAAGGAUUAUAUCGUAAAGAAAAAAAUAACUAUUUGCUUUGAAUGUAAUUUUAUAAUAUUUAAUUAAUAACAAUAAUACCAC